UCACCUCUUCAUUCACUAUCUGCAAUAUUAAACUACAAUACAACCGAGAAUAUGCUGAAAACUAUCAUUGAUAACCAAGAGAAAAUGCUCUACAUUUUACAGAACCCACCUUACCUUCCAUUGCACCCUCCUUACUCUUCGCUCCCUGCAUUCUGCGCUCCGCACCCUACCUACUCAGCCCCUCAUUCCCCAACUAAUGCGUCUUACACUAGGAGUCCUGCCCCAUACCAUCCAUUUGCAGCUCGCUUCCCUCAUCCCACCUCUACCUUUCAUCCAGCCUCUCUUCCAUGUAAUUCGACUUUUCAUCCACCCACUUUCACCUCUCGUCCACCUACUUCCACCUCUCGUCCACCCACUUUGACCUCUCGUCCAUCAACUUCCACCUCUCCUCCACCGACUUCCACAUCUCCUCCACCCACUUCCGCCUCUCAUCCAUCUAUAUAUGGCUCUUGCCCUACACUAUUGUCACCAGAGGAAGUUGUCCGUAAGUACCCAUACCUUAGAGGGGACAACAAGAUGGGAAAACUAGCUGUUGCAGUAGCUAGGGAGAGUGUGUUCGGAAAGCAG